CGAAUCUCUGUCAACUAGCCCCAGCCAACAAAAUAGGUGGAUGAAAAGUUAAAUUUCGCUCCUUUGGAUUCGAAGCAGUUUUUCACAUGGAUUUUUCCGGAAUUCGUGGUCAAUAAUUCAAUAGUUUUUACGAUUACGCCUAUUAGCAGAAAAAAGGGCUACACGAUAUUGGUUGUCGAAAAAAUCAAAUUAUAAAUGAUUAGAAAGUGAACAGUGAGUGUGACGUUUUGGGGAGCUGUUUGAAAAGUUUAAUUUCAGAAAUUUUCAUUAGUAAAUUCUAAAACUCUGCUACGGCUAUCGAGAAAUGUUUACCGAUAAUAAGUUGGACUCUGCUGGAAAUGUAUCUCCCGAGAAUGUACAUUCAAGCAAAGAAGAAAGUCGUAUUAUUGGAAUUUUGGCAACAGAAGAUAGUUGUAAUGCAGUGGAUAACAAAAUUUUUAUAAAAGACUGUGUCGAAGAGAAACAUGAAAUACCGCUCAAAGAACUGUCUUUCAACGGUAAGAUCGCAAGUCUCAAUCUGAAAUCCCCUGCCGAUUCACCGCAGUGUAAAUCGGCAAUAGCCAAAACACUUGCGAGCAGAGAAGACAAUAACCAAGAUAAGCUCAAUGAAUCAUUUGAAAUACUGACAAAGGAGAAUAGUUCUCUAAUGCAUUAUAACAACGAGAAAUCUCCAGAUUUAUUUCCUGAUGCAAAUUAUUAUGAAACAAGUGACGAUGAAAAAUCAAAAUCGGAUUCAGAAGCUCGCGAUGGUGUACAAGAAACAUCUUUAAAAUCGAUGGUUCCGAGCAACAGCGAUUGCGCUGUUAGUAAUAUUGAACAAAUUAUCCUUAAACGCAUACAAUCAUCUUUGUCGGGUGUACUACCGCCACCAACAGUUACCUAUUCUCAAAUCGACAUCAAUCGUAUGCUAAAUCUGUACAAAGAGAACGAAAGUCGGUUAGGUUUUACCGAUGAUGUCAAAGACAUACAGGUUUCUACAGAAAAACCUUGUCUCAGUAAGCCGACGCACAGUCCAACUGAAUUGUUUAAGUUAACUUGGCCGGAUAUAUUGAAAUGUAGAGCACAUGGCCUUUAUUACAACCGUUCUAGCGCAUCAGAAAAAAUUGAACUACUUGGCUUGAAAUAUGUAGAUCGCUACAUAGGAUCUGAAACGGGUACGACCUUUAAUGUGAUCCGUUCACCAUCCAGUGCAAAGAAACGAAACCUACGACUAAAAAUGCUCAAUCAAUCGCCAGGAAGUCGACUCAGCCAUCUGGCUCGUCGGCGGGCGGUAUUCUCGUCUGCUAAUCUGCUUAACAGCUCAAUCGGGUCAGCAACUGCAGCAGGCCCUUCGAACAUGUUUCGCUCGUGCAAUCGACAAAUCUUGCUAGAUACAAAGAAAUCGGAUAACCGUCGCAAAAACAAAGGUCGUACACCAAAGCGCCGUACGCCGGGCCGCAGAAAGACGCCGAGCAGACGAAAAACACCUGGUUCAUCAAGUAAAAAACGAACGCUAAGUUUACCAAUAGCAAAACACUCACAACCGGUUAGCCGAGAAUCGUCCAAACGGGCUCUUUUCCAGAGUCCGCCUCGUGAUUCCUCGAACAAGCCUAAUACGGCAUUAGCAUCGUCAUCAACUGCAUAUACAGCGAUUGGUAGUUCCGUUGCUAAUAAAGCACAAAAAUCGAAACGAGCACUAUUUUCGCCUCCAAAGCGAACUCAUCGUUUCUCCUCCGUUUCUACUAGUCAGUCGAACCUAUCGAUCAAAGAGUCAUUAAUAAGCUCUCAACGGUACGGUUCUACCAGUAAUAUCGACUUGCUAAAAGAAUCCAGUGGGUUAGCGGAUAUAAACACCGGAGAAACUGUGUACCUAGGUGGAAAGCGAAAGCGUCCAGAGGAUCAAGACGAUGAUACAGAUUUAUCUACUAAUGCAGGAAAAAUUCCUCGCAUAGAUUCAAUCAAGGAAGAAGAUUUGACUCCUCGUUCAUUGAAACUUGCUCGCAGUCAAAGCUUUUGUGGGGGUUCGAAACACAUGAAUUCCAGGACUGCCUCAGAGAAUGCUCUCUGCGGAAAAUCGCUCUUCAGAGCAAGCUCAGAAGUUACCUUUCCCGAUUCCGGAAAUCGUCCAGUGACGGUUCUGACGGAGAACCAUAAAAAGAAAUUAUUAUGGGCUGUUUCACAAGCGUUGCAAACCAAGCAGAUUACAGUGAAACAUAACAAAUUUAAGGAUUAUGCGUCCAGUCUAGCCCGUGUCGUCAAACGUCUAUUCUUGGAGUUCAAUGAUCAAAUUGUGUCUAGUACCAGUGAAAAACUGUUAAGAUUGGCAAAUAAGCAUGUUUUUGAAGUAAUUGAGGGCCACAGCGUUGAUGAUAUCUACCUAAAAGAAAAAACGCGCAUUAUGAACGCAAGAAAUUUUAGCAAACUACAGGGUUACAUUGCACCAGAAGACUACGAAUAUCGCAAACAAAUGCUGAAACGAAGCACGUCGACGUCGGUGUUGGUAUCAGAGAACUCUAGUGAUGCCUCCUCUAGCCAGAUGCAGCUCAGUCAACGUUCGUUCCUUUCUCAAAGCUCGGAGUUUCUAAAUCAGCUGUCGCAAACUUCGAACAACAGCAGUCAAGUAAUAGAGCUAAGUGGAUUGCAAAAUACGGUUCUUCGCGAGAACAUUGAUAGCGAACAACGACAGAAGUCGGCUCAGAAGCAAGUAUCUUUUUCUGGUAAGGAUCAAAAAAAUCUUAGUCCUUAUGCGGACAAGGGCAGUUCUCUGGCGAAAAGUGCAAAAUUACUUGUCGGUGGUGUUCUUUCUUCUACCUGCGUGCUAAAAGCGAAACGGCAGAUCUCAUUUGAAUAGUUUUGCGCAAUUGAACGUCUGCGUAUUUAGUUAAUGUCUGAUACAUAUUUUUGCAUUUUAAAUGAGGUGUUUAGGUGAUUUCUAUCACUUGUAUGCGGGUAACAGUAAUAGCACUUGACUGAGUUACACACGCAGGGUUACGUGUAAACCAAGCAUUGAAUUCAUCUAGGAUUACUUGUGAGAAAAUUAUUUUCAUACGGAAACAUUUUUUAUUUGCUCUGGUAGUUGUAAAUAUUA